ACACCGAAAAUGAUAUCCAACAUUCAUUAAUGUAUUAUUGCAGUAAAACUCCAUUGAAACAUGGUUUUCUAAUUUUCUUGUGUGGCCGUCUGUGUUGCCCCUUAAAAUCAUCUUUUCUCUCUCACAUAUGAAGCAAAAAAGAUGACAGCAAAUAACGAAGAGAUUGUACCAAUACCGUCACAGCAAUCAAGCGGCAUCCUCGAGUGUUGCAUGUGUGGCGAUUCUGGCCUAACUCAGGAGCUUUUUCAAUGCAAAGUUUGCCAAUUCAGAUCUCAACACAGAUACUGUAGCAGUCUGUAUCCAAAAGCCGAGUCUUGUAAAGUUUGUAAUUGGUGUUUGAAUCAAAACGAGGAUUCAAAUGAAAAGUCUCAGAAUUCUUCAGCAUCAUGUAAAGACAACAACGAAGAUGAUAAUAAGAACAAGAAAAAGGGCGAUAAUAACCAUGGAGCUGGCUUAAAAGGCAGCCAAAGACAUACUACCAAUGUAAAGCUGCAACUGAUGAAGAACCCCAUCAAGAAACCAAAGUCACCGGAGAAAUUAUCGCCAGGUACGACGCGAAAAAGAAUCAUAACGAACGCUCGUUUAGAAGAAAAGCUCAGGAGAAAAAAGUCAGAAGAGAUAUCAAACAGUGGGCUCAUUACAAGGCAUGUGUUCAGAAACAAGCAGAUGGUUACGGUUUUGAUUUCUUGUGGAGAAUUUUUUGGUCCCCCCAAAAAAUAGACAAAUUCAUAGUUGGAUUCAAUGAACGGAACCCAAAGUGAGGUGUGGAAGUAAAUUAACCAGCUAUCGUCGUUUUAUUUAUUACUUUUACUGCUACUACUACAACUACAUGUUUUAUUUUCCCUCGUUCCAAACAGAUAAAAUCAGUGUGAUUUGGAAGAAAGUCUUCGAAUAAUAGAAAUCAUGGAUACCAUUUUCCAUCGUUCAUGUUUAUAAUGCAUAGUUAAGACUUAACAGUCAUUAGCGGAAAUUAAGUUCCUUCAAUAUGCAAUGGAAUUUGCCGGGUGACAAUUACCUGGCUAUGCUUUUCCAGUGAUGUAUAAGCUAGCUAUACAAAGAAAAAAACGCUACUAUUCCUGACCAGAUUUGUGUAGGUCAAAUCCUAGGCCUUAAAUAUCACAGAUUACAGAUUGCAUUGCGGUCGGAGUAUUUUUGAAAAAAAAAAAUCAGAUUUUUUUAUGUGGAAAUGUUCCAUAUUCUUUGGA